GAAGCAUAAAGCACCAGCAGCUAAUCACAGACAGCUGAGGAGGAGCAGAGCGAAAGACUUUAGAGGCUGCGUUCAGGGAACACCAAAAAGGAAAAGGAGAGCAGGUCGUUCACCAUGAGCAACUACGAGAGGCUGAAAGAGGAACCCAUCACUCAGGAUCCACCUCCUUACUCUGACAAAGACUCCCAUGAAGACCCUGAGCCAGCUAAAUCUCUUUCUGGAUCAGAACCCCGUCGCAUGGGCUGGCCCUCUAACCCUGUGCCAUCCCAGUACCAACAUUAUGUUGCAGCUGGUGCAGGAUCCCACCAGUUUCCGAUUCUUCAACCUCCGCAGGCCACCGUCAUCAUUUGUGGUCCACCUGCCAAGGAGCCUGAUUACCUGGCCUACUCUAUCUGUACCAUGCUUUGCUGCUGCCUCCCCCUGGGCAUUGCUGCCUUAGUUUACUCUAUAAAGACCCAAGAAGGCAACUUUAAUGGAGAUGUGAUAGCUGCCAAGCGAAACUCCAGGAUGGCUCGUAUCUUGAACCACACAGCCCUCGGAGUGGGCUGCUUCUGCUUCGUUAUGUAUAUCAUCAUAAUGGCAACUUUGUAUUGGCAACUGCAAAACCAGCACCCACUUGACUGAGGAUUCACUGCAGAGCCUCCACAUUUCGAAAGACCUCCUCACCGUUGCACUACUGAGAAGAAGGCCUGGCUGGACGCUGUGCUUUAUGAAUCAUUCCAUAGCAGGAAGUGCUAAAGGACUGAGUCACACGUACAGGCUCAUCGCAUGAUUUCUGUUUACAGUGGUACCUCGGGUUACAAUAUGCUUCAGGUUACAGACUCCGCUAACCCAGAAAUAUUACCUCGGAUUAAGAACUUUGCUUCAGGAUGAGAACAGAAAUUGUGCUCCGGCAGCACAGCGGCAGUGGGAGGCCCCAUUAACUAAAGUGGUGCUUCAGGUUAAGAACAGUUUCAGGUUAAGAACGGACCUCCGGAACAAAUUAAGUUCUUAACCCGAGGUACCACUGUAUUUUACUUGAUGGCCAAAAAUGGGAUGUGUGAAAUUCAAAGCAUUGUCCCAAAGGUGUCAUCAAGUGCUCUUGGAAGUUCUACCUGGGGGGGUGGGGAAUGUAAUAUCCUAUACUCUGCCAUAUAUUCCUAUACACAUUAUAAUUUUUAAAAACGGGGAUGGGGUUUAUAAGAGAUUCUGAAAAACACAAUGUUAUCAAGCAGGAUCUGGUGACAAUAUGCAUACUCCAUUUACAAUUAUAGAUCAGAGAUGGACAAAUACAGACAUAAUAUAAAGACAAAAUAAACAUUCUGUAUGUGAAUGUCUGGAAGUGAGUGGCUAGAACUGUUUAUUACGUAGGCGUAAUGGUUAAACAAGGCAAGGUUACAAAACAUGAACCUUAAUCUACCAAAGCAAAGUAAUUAAAAUAUUCAAAUGCUCUACACUACUUCUUCUUCUUUUGACAUGUUCAGGGAAGUUUUUAAAUGUGUGACAUUUUAAUAUAUUUUUAAUCUUUGUUGGAAGCUGCCCAGAGUGGCUGGGGAGACCCAGCCAGAUGGGCGGGGUACAAAUAAUAAAUUACUAUUGCAUCUUUA